GAAAAGGAAAUGUCACCAAAAUGAGGUGGUGUUUUUGAACAUUUGGCAGAAAAAACCCCCACUCCUGCUUACGUUUCCCACCCAGGAGGACUACAAGAAGAGGUCCCCGUUUGAAGCCGCAGGUUUUAAAAUCUUGAAACAGUGCUUCUGAGAGGCAUGAAUGACUUUGCAGUUCUCAACACGGGCCGGAAGAUGCCCCUCCUCGGACUGGGGACGUGGAAGAGUGAGCCAGGAAAGGUGAAACAAGCAGUCAUUUGGGCCUUGGAGGCUGGGUAUCGCCACAUUGAUUGUGCAUCCAUCUAUGCCAAUGAGGUUGAGAUUGGAGAAGCCCUACACGAGACACUCGGCCCUGGCAAGGCCCUGAGACGAGAGGACGUGUUCAUUACAUCCAAGCUGUGGAACAACCGACAUCACCAAGAGGACGUGGAGCCGGCUCUCCAGAAGACCCUGAAGGACCUGAAGCUGGAGUACCUGGACCUCUACCUCAUCCACUGGCCCUACGCCUUCCAAAAAGGAGACGUUCCUUUCCCCAGAAACGAGGACGGCACCUUGCUGUAUGACGACAUCGACUACAAGCUGACCUGGGCUGCCAUGGAGAAGCUGGUGGAAAAGGGCCUCGUCAGAUCCAUUGGCUUGUCCAACUUCAACAGCAGGCAGAUAGAUGACAUCCUGUCAGUCGCCAGCAUCAAACCCACUGUCCUACAGGUAGAGAGCCACCCCUACCUGGCCCAGGUAGAGCUGCUGGCCCACUGUCGGGACCGUGGCCUGGUGAUGACAGCCUACAGCCCUCUGGGUUCUCCUGACCGGGCCUGGAAACAUCCAGAUGAGCCUGUUCUGCUUGAGGAGCCUGUGCUGGCCACCCUCGCAGAGAAAUAUAAAAAGUCCCCUGCUCAGAUUAUCCUGAGGUGGCAGACUCAACGAGGAGUGGUAACAAUCCCCAAGAGUGUGACAGAGUCCCGAAUCAAAGAGAACAUUCAGGUGUUUGAGUUCACCCUUGAAGCUGAGGAGAUGAAGAGUAUUACAGCCCUGAACAAAGGCUGGCGCUACAUUGUACCAAUGAUCGAAGUGGAAGGAAAACGUGUUCCUAGGGAUGCAGGACAUCCUCACUACCCUUUCAACGACCCCUACUGACAGCUCACACUGCAACCUGAAUUUGUGCCUUCAACAACCCCAAAAAUGCCACAUCACCCCCCCCCCUCCCCGACAUCACUAAUAAAUGUUCCUGGAUCCUGACAUUGUUUGUCUUUAGAUUAUGUCUAAUGUUGCACUUAUCAUUAGAACAUUUAAAGUUACUGUUGGUGAUGGAGAUUGCAAAAUCUGGUAUGACUGUAUACGUACUGUACGUGUUAUUUUUUAAAUAAACAUUUUGUUACUUCA